CUAAGCAGCAGAUGUGUCAGCCGCACGAAGAGUACAGAAAGUUCAAAGCUACAGAAAGUUAUACCGAAUCUGUUUGGAUCAUUGUUAUGUUGGCUUCAAUAAAAAAAAAAUAAAAAAAAAGUUUAUCAAUGUUAUUAUUAUAGAUGUGUCUUGGGUAAUUGUGUUGAUAUUGUAAACAUUUUAAAUGUGAUAAACAUUUAUAGUGCAGGCUGUUUUGUAUUAUUUUAAUAACUUUACUGAAUAGAGUGUUUCCAAAGAGAUUCACAAAUACUGUCUUUUAAUUUUGUGCAUCCAAAGACAAAUUAAAAGUUUUAAGAAUUAAGCCUAUGGUUUGGUAUUCUGUCCUAAACCAGCGGUCCCAAACUGUUGUGACAUAAAUUAUAUAUUAAAUAAAACAGGGAUAAAAGAAAUGUGUUAAUCAGAAUAUUCUGCCUUUUUAUUGCAACUUUAGUACCAUUCAGUCAAGUGAAAAUUGUAAAGGGGUACUUGAGCUGAAAACUCCAGACAAAAGGGGUACAGUUUCAAAAAAAAGGUUGAAACCCUUCAACUAUAACCCUGCUGUAAAAUGCUUUUCUGGUUCAUCCUGAUAAGCUUUACAUUCUAAUUUAAGUUUUGGAUGUGCUAUUAUUAUUGUUGUUAAUAAUAAUAAUGUUAUUUUACUAUUGUUAUUACUAUUAGUAGUACAUAAAAACAUAAGAACCCAAGAAAAGUUUGGGAGUCAGAAAAGACAGAAUUCAUUUAAAAGCACUGAAUCUAGUCUUUUUAAUGUUCCUGGUAGGCUAUUUCAUGCACUCUGUCUAAAAAGUGCUUCCUCCCUUCUGUUCUAAGCUUACUUUUACUCAGCUUCCAUGCAUGCCCUCUUCAUCUUCUCUCUGUGCUAAAUGUGAAGUAGUGUUUUGGGUUAACUUUAUAUAUUCCAUUUAUAAUUGUAUAGACUUCAAUCAAGUCUCCUCUUCAUUUUUUCUAGGUUGAAGAUAAUUAUUUUAGUAGUAUUCUUAGUAGCCCUAUAUUGAAUAAACAAAUAAUAAUGAGACCAUUAUAAGUGUAUUUUUAAUAAUAAUUAUUAUUAUUAUUAUCAAAGGGGUCACAUUUUAUAUUUCCCUUUUAAGGUUGCAAUUGAAAUAACACACAUUGCAGUUAUACGUAGAACUCACCUCUAGGUGAUGCUGUCCCCUUGUAAAAACUAAAUCAGCUCAGUGCAUUGAAUAAAUAUGCUUGGUUAAGAAAUACCAUCUGUGUGGACUGUCUAACGAAGGACUACACCACACGCACACUUUCAUCAAUUUAACACAAACACAAAGCCAUAUUUUGAAGGCAUUUACUGCAGCCUUGAAUGAACUCCUAUUUUUUGAAAGAGGUAAAACGUCGGUUAAUUUUACAAACUGGAUCCUAACCACAGAGCAAUAUUAUCCAAGUUCUCCUAAACGCUCUCAAUGUGAAUGUUUCUCAUUUUAUUACAUUAACAUGAUUUUUUCUUCUUUAAAAAAAGUUAAUUUAAGAAUGGAGGAAAUGUUUUGAAAAUACGGCCCAUAGUCUUUUAACAUAAAUCAUGUUAAACUUUAUAUGCGGACUGCGUAUAUAAUGUGAUAAUUUUUCACGCAUGCUUUUUGCAAUGUAGCAUGCUGGUAGGGUACAAUUCUACUGUAAAAUAUGCAUUGGGUAUAGUUUUAAAGUACAUGUUGCUUUAUUUCAAGAAAUAGACGAUUUUAGGCAUAUUUUGCAGAAUCAUUAUCAUUAGCAUGAGAGCUGUUUUUAGUCUGGGGUUGUGGGGUCCCGAUCUCUCACAGUAAAUACUGGAACCUACAGGAUGUAUCUUGUCCAUUUUGCAGAUAUUACAUAUAAUAUCUAAUACAUACUUUGUCAAUAUAAUAUUUGUAUUUCUUAAUAAGUCUGUGUUAAGGUGCUUCGAUUUCAGGAGCAAGAUAUUGGUAAUGAGGGCUACUGCCACCGCCAUCUAGUGCACAGCUAGUGAACUGCCGGAAAAGCAAAUCUUGAUCCAACGUGCUUUGUCUGAUCUAGCCUACAUAUAUCUAUGUCAGGCAACCAGAACUGAAGAGCUGCUGCUGAACUCAGGUGAAAGCCACUUAACACAGACCUUUAAAAUCUUUUAAAAACAUAAGCACAGUAUUUGAGAAACUGCAGUUGAACCAUUGCACACAUCAUGAAACGGUCAGGUGCAGUAUAAAUAAGACACUGUAACUUGAAGCUAUUUACUCUUUAAAAUGAAAUGUGUUAUUUUGAUUUAUAUUUUUAAAAUGAAAAUGUUUUUCCCCAUCCUUCGGCAGCCACAGGAUUCGCAAUAUCAUUCCAGGACAGCUCCUAACAAUGAAUUUCUCCUCUUUUCCUUUCUCCUCCUCUUCCAUCCCUCCCUUUUCCUCUCCUCCCUUCCCCCUAGCCCAGAUUGUGCCUUCCUCUCUUCCCUCUCUUCUCUCAUACUCUCUCUUCUUCUCCUUUCCCUCCCCCUUGCCUCCGUCUUCCCCUGGCCUCAACCUCUCUCAAAUCCUGGGCACUGUCAUCUCAACCUUGUUAUGUUCUUUUGAGAAAAUGUGAGAUCUCUACUUCUUUAAAACUGAAGAAAAUUUUUGUUUGUUUUUCUCCUUCCUUUCACAGGAUCCUAAUUCCUAACCGUAUUCCAGACCAGCAUCAAACAAUGAAUUUCUCCUCUUCUCCCUCCCCCUCCAUCCCCCCUCGACCUCCUCCCUCUUCCUCCCUUGGCUUCUCUCAAAUUCUGGGCACUGUCAUCCUGACCUUGGCAUUUGUUCUGGGUUUCCCUGGGAACUUGUUUGUGGUGUGGACGGUGUUGUGUCGCGUGGCCCGGCGCUCCGUCACCUGCCUGCUGGUCUUGAAUCUGGCUGCGGCGGAUGCCCUGGUUCUGCUCAGCGCUCCCUUCUUCAUGCGUUAUGUCAUCGGGGGCCGGGGAUGGGAGUUCGGGUCAGCCUUCUGCAAGUUGAUUCAUUACCUCUGCAGUGUCAACAUGUACGCCUCCAUCUUCCUCAUCGCCACCAUGAGCCUCGACCGUUUCCUGGCCGUGUCCCGCCCCUUCCUGUCCCAGCGGCUGCGCACCAAGAGGUCCCUGCUCAAGUUUCUGCUGGCCAUCUGGAGCCUGGCUUUCCUCUUCGCGAUUCCCAUGCCCUUCUACCGCAGGGUUUUCAGAAAAGGAGGAUUGUUUUACUGCAUACCGUUCCACAGCGAUCCAAACCACAUGAUUUUCCAAUACCUGAUGGAGACACUCUUUGGGUUCCUGAUUCCCUUUGCUAUCAUCAUUUUCUGCUACAGUCAGGUUGGCUGUCGCUUACAGGGGGCCAAAUUCAACAAACGAAGGCGGUCAGGGCGACUCAUCCUUCUCAUCGUGGUUGCCUUUGCAGUCUUCUGGAUGCCCUACCACAUUGUGAACCUCAUCCAGGUUUCUGGUGCUUUAGCUGGGGAAGAAUCACUCAAGAAAGCCCUCCUGGAUGCUGCAAAAACCGCCAGGCCCAACGUGACAGCCUUUGCGUUCUUUAGCAGCAGCAUCAACCCCAUUCUCUAUGUCUUCGCUGGGAGUUCCCAUAUCCGCAGCACUGGCUUGAAUUUCAUGGCCAAGAUGUUCGAGGGGACUCAUUCCGGAGGGUCAGGAUCCAGCCGUGUUUCCCGGUCGACCAAAACGAGCCGGAACUAUUCCCUAGAUGUGGAAAACCUACCGGAGAUGAAACCGCUGCCAACGUAAAAUAUUGUUUACUGCAGGACAGUUUUAUUAGAAAAACAUACAUUGACCUUCAGAGUUAAAGCCACACUCAAACAUGUUUCCAGGGUGAAUGUUUAUUACAGGGUUGAACAAUCAGUCUUGGAGUGCCAUUCCACUCCAGGUUUAACAGGUAAAAUGAGAUAAUGAACUACAGGGUCUUUAAUUGGUUCAAUAAAUUUAGAACAGGAUUGGCACAACGACCAGGAGUGGAAAGGCCCUCCAUGAUUGGUCACCCCUAGUUUAUAACAUUCUUCCUUUCUUACCUAGGAGGCACUUUUUUACACAGAGAAUUAUGAGGGUCUGGAACCAACUCCCCAGUAAUGUUGUUGAAGCUGACACCCUGGGAUCCUUCAAGAAGCUGCUUGAUGAGAUUCUGGGAUCAAUAAGCUACUAACAACCAAACGAGCAAGAUGGUCUGAAUGGCCUCCUCUCGUUUGUAAACUUUCUUAUGUACUUAUGUUCUUAUAUGACUAGAGUCCUCCGCAACUGCACAGUUAUCAGCACAAGAGGGUGUUGCUUGUAGGUUUGAGAUUAUAUGUACAGUGCACUCUAUUCAUUGAUGGGUUCUUAAUUUAAGUUGCAUAUCAUAUGAUGUUAAAUUAACCAAUGUUGUUGUUUUUCUUUUAUUGAUUUGAAAUGUAAUUUAAAUAAUUUAGGUCAGAUUAAUCAUUGGCCAAUCAUUGGCCAUCCGCAGCAAGUAGUCUCUACCAGCAUUCCUGUUGAUGAAACUUGGGAUCUAUGCAGCGGGGGGGGGGCGGUUAUAGGAACGCUGUACUGUGUUAAAGGUCUGUUACAGCUCAGGGAAGCAAAGCAGCUUCUGCCAUGUCAUUGAAUUAUUGAACAUCAGAUAUUUGCUGUGUUCUGUAUGCUGUCUUGUGCUUUUCAAAAUGUUAUUCAAAAAACUUAAACAACAGAUUUCUUACACACACAGCUGGAGUCUUUUUUAUUUUCCAGAGUGAUAUUUACCUUUACUGAGGCUGUUUGGGUAUUUUUAUGCCACAGUAUGGUUACAUUUCCUCUUUUUCUGUAUGGAGCACAUACAAUACUGCAGUAGAGCCUUUUACUGGAGAAAGUCAGACAAAGAUGAAAAACAAACAUUAAGCAAUCUGUAAAAUUGUCUUCACAUGUAAGUAUUAUUUAAGCAAUAGAACCCGAAGAAGAGGGCUUUAUCGUCUGGUAAGGACCGCCUCUUGUCAGUAAAUGUCCCAAGCUGUUCUGUUAGUUUUUUUUUGUGAUUUGCUCUGCCAUUUCAAAAUGGAUCAGGAUAGUAUUUCAUAGGCUCCGUGUCCAUGUGACAGAUCGUUUUUUGUCCACAUUUCGUGAAAAACCGGCCUGUAGUUUUUAGUUAUAGAAUCACGAAAAAAAAAAAGUUUUUUUUUGCACUAAAAUUACUCAAAAACAGUGUGUUUAAACACCAUAUCGGGCAGGCAGAUAGUACUCAUUUACCACGAGUGCAUUUUUUUGGAACCGAAAAAAUGGAUAAAGUAUUUAUUGAGCUAUUUAAAACUUUGUUUGCACAUGCACAGUUUAUUUUUUGCUAGCUGAUAAGUUACACAUGCGCAGUCGGGCUCCACCACCAACAUUUAGUUAGUGGGGAUUCUUCAGUUUUAAUUUAAUUUGAAUUCCUUGGUUGUUGUAUGUCUUGUGGAUCCUAACUUUCUAGUUUAAUUUUUUUAAAUGCUUCUGACAUUAACUCUGUCAGUGAAGCUAAACAGCAGAAUCAUUUAUAUUGACAGUCAACAUUCAGACGGCGUGUCCAGCAACAGAGAUUUUCUUUCAUCAAGUAGAAAAAAAGUUAAAAUACACAAACCAGAAGAGAUUUGGUUGGUUUGGGGGCUAGUAAACGGACUAGCCAUCCGGUUGUUAGUUAGGUCAGAAAUAAAAGUUUAGUUAGCGCUCCUGAGAGGAGUUAGACUUUUGUUUUGGUUUAUGUUGUUUGUAAAGAAAUAAACACACAGGCACUGUCCUGUUUACACUGAAA